AAGAAAUGCUAUCCGAAAAGAUUGUUCAGGGCAAAAUAUAACACUUAAACAGAACAAAACUGAUAUGCGUUAGGACGCACUGUGCUGUACGGAUAAACUGUAGUAGGAUUAAUUAACGUGGGAAUAAAUGAUCUUAAAUUUGUAAACUGUUAAGUAGUUUACAUAAUUGUAUUUUAUUAUUUGUGCAUGUCAUAAUAUGGAGCAGAAGGAAAUUUUUGUGCAGCACUUGCAGUGGAAAAAAAGGAAAUAGUGCAAAUGUAGGAUUCCCAUAUAAAUGUGCAAGUAUAAAAAUAUCAAUAAACACACAUAUAAAAUACACAAAUGCAAAAAGAUAAACACGCUUCACAGAAAGGAUGACAGAUAUGAGAAGUGGCAUACAGUUAUUUCCUGUAUGUAUAACACAAUAUCCAACAGAACAGGUAUGAAGUACAAGCAAAGUGUAGGAGCAUUAGUUCCUACACAAUCUGCAGGACAUGAAAAAAGCACACAGGACACAGAGGAGCCAAAUCAUCAGAUCAUUGUUCAGAGGGUCCCCCUCCCAGCCGGCCUUCAUUUCCACAAUGGCUGCUCUCCGCUGAUUCAUCCAAAGCUGUAGAUCUGAUGAGUGUGGUCCAUUUCUGGGUCAGUGAACAGUGUACCAUACUGCUGCUCUGAAUAGGGAACAGAGAAGAAAGGCCAUAGCUUUCAGAACCUCACGUGAAAACACACACAGACUACCAACACACACACAUCGCCCCUUCAACCGAGCAUUCAAAUGCUGUCGCAUACUGUAUAACCUCACAAAGAAGCAGCAGUUCUCGCAGAGCACUUUGAAUAAGAUUUGGAGUUCAUGCAGCAGAGAGCCAUGAGGUCGCCCUAUUUCCCAGCGAGGACGGUGCUUUUCCACAAGGAGCCCAACGGGGUGACGUACAGAGUCCCAGCGCUUCUCUACUUGUCCCGGUCCAGAUCCCUCUUGGCCUUCUGUGAGGAGAGACUCAGCCCAUCGGACUCUCAGGCUCACCUGCUGGUCAUGAGGAAGGGCACUUUCUACAGGAACUAUGUUGAGUGGGAGGACAUGCGGGUGCUGGGCACUGCCUUCCUGCCAGGCCACCGAUCCAUGAACCCGUGUCCGGUGUACGAUGAGUUCACAGGUACUCUCUUCCUGUUCUUCAUCGCUGUUCUCGGCCACACCUCAGAGUCCUACCAGCUGUUGACGGGGAAGAAUGUGACCCGUCUCUGCUACAUCUGCAGCACUGACGACGGAGACACCUGGAGUCCUGUCACCGACCUGACCAAGAAGGUCAUAGGAGAUACAAUCAAAGAAUGGGCCACCUUUGCUGUCGGCCCAGGCCACGGCAUCCAGCUCAAGUCCGGUCGUCUGCUGAUCCCUGCCUAUGCUUACCACAUCGAGUACAAGGAGUGCUUUGGAAAACUCUGCCAGACCAUUCCCCACGCCUUCUGCUUUCACAGUGACACCCACGGACGAACCUGGCGUUUCGGGGAAGCGGUGCCAGGCCCAGAGAGUGUGGAGUGUCAGAUGGUGUCGGUGGAUGAAGAGGAUGGGACUAAUGUGUUGUACUGUAAUGCUCGCAGCCCUCUCGGAUACAGGGUGCAGGCCCUCAGUUUUGAUGAUGGAGCUGUGUUUCAGGCGGGGCAGCUGGUGCAGCCGCUGGUGGAGCCUCGAAAUGGCUGUCAUGGAAGCACUGUGGGAUUUCCUGCCCCGCUACAUUCAUGUCACUCUCUUCACCAUCAGCUACAUCAGCCUAUACCUCGCUGCAGGCAUUGGACGUCAUGCAUGACCUCUUCAAAUCAUACCAACUCUCCAUCUCCAAACAUCACCACGAAUAGCCCCGACCGUAGUGGCUCCCCAGACUUCCUCACCCCCACCUGGGUAGUAUACUCCCACCCAACAUGGACCACCGCACGCAAAGAUCUGGGAGUGUUCCUCAGCCUAUUUCCUCGUGAUCCAGACAGUUGGCGCGGCCCCUGGGUGAUCUAUGAGGGCCCCAGCGCAUACUCUGACCUCGCCCAUCUGGAGCUGCCACCGUCACCUGGUGCUCCGCCCGCUGUGGCCUUCGCCUGCCUAUUUGAGUGCGGCACCAGAACAGCCUACGACGAGAUCUGCUUCUGCAUCUUCACCCUCUACGAGCUUAUAGAUAAUCUGCCCCGAAACGUGGAGCUGGGAAACAACAGCGAUGGACAGAAAAGACAGCAUAAUCAAGUCUCUGAGACAAGUCAGAGACGUGAUGCUCAGAGUCAGCCAGUUUUCCAUCGGGUGAAGAAGAGAAAGAAGAGCAAAUUGACUGAGAUGUGCUCUGUGUCUUAAAUGUAGUUUGUGUGUAAGCUUUUUGUAAAGAGUAAAAUUGUCACUAAAUCAGUUGUUUUCUACAUACACUUAACGACCAAUUUAUUAGGUACACCUGCAUAAUCUACUUUUUCUAGUUUUAUGAUUCUUUUAAUGUUCAGUUUCUGUUGACACUGUCAUGGAGGAGUUAAUUCACCUAUAAGUUUUAGCAUAGAGGUCAUAGUUAAAGGUGGUGUUGCACCGGACUGCAUUAAAUUCAUGUUUCUAAAUGCAAAUGGAUGAAAUUAGAACCACCCCUCUUAGCUCACCUUCUGCUAUGUAAAGGUAGAAUUUGUGACAGAACUGUUGUAUUGGACUGCAUUUGAUUGCACAGGUGUACUUAAUAAUGUGACCACUGGGUGCAAGUCUGUCAUUUAUUGCACAAUGUUGUAUACUGUGCCGACAAGAGUGAUUAUUCUCAAAGGUAAUGCCAUUUUUUUGUGUCACCACACAUAAUGACUCAAUAUUGAUGAAAGCCCUUUCAGUUCAGUUUGUUAAGUUUCUGUUUAAAUGUUGAUCAUUUGUCGGCUUUGAUUUUGUAGGACAAAUUACGCAUCAUUAAAGUUUUCCUGACAUUUCAGCUUUCUCGUCUGCUGAGAGUAUUUUGAUGAGGAAAACAAUAAUCAGCAUCUAACUAAAAAUCUAUAUUAUGUGAUAGAAAUUUAUAAAAGUAAAGUAAAACAUUAUAUGUAUAUCCCAUACAUUAACUUAAAUUUAAAUGAAAUAAAAGGGAUUUAUUUAAUCAUCAGUCCUUUCUCCUUCCUCAAGAAAACCAAACCAAAGAAAGGAGAAUGAUAGCUGACAAAUUAGAAACCACUCGUCAAAAUUACUGUUUCCAGGUCAUGAAUGAACUUGAAAUCUCAGUGAAAACCUUUCUACAUGUAAUUCUCCUCUUUUACAAAAUAUAUCUUUCACAAAAUCUGUUCCAAGCUUUUUCAGGAGCCAAACACAGAAACUAAUGUUGAUGACAAAGCAGAAUAAACUUUCAGUUUAUCAGUGUUUCUGUGGUCCACGAGCUCAGAAAUUAUUUCACAAAGCAGACGCUGACAAAGUGGUGGUAUUUCCUGUGAGAAUAUUCUGAUUGUGAUGACCCUGCUUUUAAGGCUGCCCUCCUUAUGAUGCAUUGC